UCAGCAGCCCUAAAAAAUCAUGUGAUACCAACAGUUUUCUUCUCAAAGAAAAAAUAAAAGAUAAAGCAAAUAAGAAGAAUGGAGAAUCAAAGAAAAAGUUUGCUGUUUCCUUUGGUUAUUGUUCUCUUCUUCUUGCUGAAUGCUACUGCUUUUGCUCAGUUAAGAAGUGAUUUCUACAAAAACACAUGCCCAAAUGUUGAGUCUCUGGUUCGUGCUGCGGUUAGACAGAAAUUUCAGCAGACUUUUGUUACUGCUCCAGCAACUCUCCGACUCUUCUUCCAUGAUUGCUUUGUCCGUGGGUGUGAUGCUUCAAUGCUAUUGUCGUCACCAAAUAGAAAAGCAGAAAAGGACCAUCCAGAUAAUCUUUCAUUAGCAGGUGAUGGAUUUGACACUGUUGUCAAAGCCAAAGCAGCUGUGGACAAGGAUUCCAAAUGCCGUAACAAAGUCUCAUGUGCUGAUAUUUUGGCUUUGGCCACUAGAGAAGUCGUUUCUAUGACUGGAGGCCCAUUUUACCAAGUGGAAUUGGGCCGUCGUGAUGGGAGAGUUUCUACAUUAGCAGGAGUCCAACAUCAACUUCCAGGGGAGGGAUUCAACCUAGACCAGCUCAAUACCAUGUUUGCCAGACAUGGCCUUAGCCAGACUGAUAUGAUUGCAUUGUCAGGUGCACAUACCCUUGGUUUCUCCCAUUGCAGUAAAUUCUCCAAGAGACUCUACAAUUUCAGCCCAAAAAGCAGAGUUGACCCGACCCUAAACCGACAAUACGCCGCACAACUCAGGCAAAUGUGCCCAAUACGGGUUGACCCGAGAAUUGCCAUUAACAUGGAUCCAACAACACCAAAUACCUUUGACAACGCUUACUUCAAAAAUCUUCAACAAGGAAAAGGUCUUUUUGUCUCUGAUCAGAUUCUGUUCACUGAUCCAAGAUCAAGAAAUACUGUCAACUUUUUUGCUUCUAACAAUGAUGCUUUUAAACAAGCUUUUGCUACUGCCAUGAUAAAGUUGGGUCGGGUCGGAGUUUUGACCGGUAACCAGGGUGAGAUCCGAUUCGACUGCACUAGACAAAAUUAGAGGAGGGUGCAUUUUGUCUUUUUUCCUAGAGAAAAGAGAAGAAUUCUUUAUUUUCUUUUAAUUUUAUUUUACUAAAAUAAAGCAUAAUGCUAUAGUUAUUUUUGGCAAUAAUUUUCUAUGAUCAUGGGAUAUGUAAGAGUUAGCUUCUGGCUCGUUCAAUGCGUAAGAUGAUUGCGCUCCAGCUCACUCAAGAAUGGAAUAACAUUGGUCCAUUAGCAAACUCACCUUGGACGCAAUAUGUUGUAACUCGUGAAUAAUAUUAUUUUUCUUCAAUUUAUUAUUCCAUUUUCUCUAAAUCUAUGUUAUGUAUAUUCAUUCUUGAA